CUAUCUGACUGUAUUCGCGUUUCUUUUUGUGGUUAUUUAUAUAAUUCCGAACAGAUUUGAUUAUACACCUCUGAAUUGUCCUAACGUCAAAUGUAUUUCUAAACGCGCAGCAAUGACUUCUCUUCCUCUACAGAAUAAGCUGCCUUCGCUGGUAUCGUCUCGAAGGGUUCAGAGGCACCAGUUCCGAGCUCUGUCCCUCUGCGACUUGCCUGAAGAAGCGGAAGACAACGAUGACGGGGGCAAGACUCGGCGCUCCUCUGUGCCACAGCGCAGUGCCACCCUAACUACAAUGAGCAGUUUACAGGAAUCUCAAGAGGAAGACGAUGGCUCCCACAACUCGAGUCCAAGUCCGGAGUCGAGGCCGGAUGAAGUGAAGAAGGUGCGUUUGGCAGCCAACUCAGAAUCCAUCACAGGCACUCCGUUGUUCCAGCAACUCCUGAACAACACUGACCUGGAGGUGAGUGACCUGGAGUCCUCGCUUAGACUAAGGAGGGAAUUUCAGUCUCCUACCACGGCUCCGGCACAGGAAAAUAACACUCAGGAAGCGGCCAAGACGAAGGGCACGCCGGCAGAGCAGCAGCAAACAGACGACAACAAAGCCCCAGAACCCAUUAUCAAAAACCACGCCCCUAAGCCCACGCCCAGGCUUCGAAAGUCCGAAUCGGCUCAGAGGAAGAAAAGUGUUUCGAAGCGAGCGGGCGUCGAUAGGGACUGGCGCCAUGCCGUUGAGGGAAGGAGCCAGCAGAAUUCGCAGGCGGCAGAGGACGCCCAAAACGAGGACAAGGACAUGACAGCACAGACUCCUGUCAACCGAGAAGUGGCUGUGGAUCAAACCGUUUACUACGAGGAGAAAAUCAACCCUAUUUUAGACGAGAUCAGCAGGGCGGUGGGAUGCGCCGUUGGAGAAGACGUGCUGGCCGAGCUCGUAGGGAAGCUGUACGGCGCUCUGGAGGCUGGGGGGCUGCUGGGGCGACACUUCAGGUACCGGUCUCAGGUCCUCAGGGCCGUCUUCCGCCUCGUCGAUCGCGAACACGGCGCUCUCCUUGCCAAUAUCGCCAGGGUCAUGUUGGCGCUAAAAGUGUCGGGCAGCAACCUAACCUCAGUGUGCAAGUUAGUGUUCAAAGUGACACGCCAUGACGCGAACGAUGCUCUCUUCCUUGAGGGCAACUUACUCGACCUACUCCUCGAGGCCGUGGCUUGUGUCCCGCCCCUGGAGCAGCCCGAAGCUUGUGUUUACGGCUAUGGUGCUCUCAAAUUCCUCACCAUGAAUUCCCAGCUAGUGACGCGACUCUUGAACCGAGGGGUGCUGGAGCUGCUGGUUCUGCACAUGAAGCUCAUCGUCAACCAUCAGCAAGAGAGCGGAAGCGUGCCCGAGCAGACCCACUACGCCCUAGUGCAGCUGACAGGAACCCUUCGUCACGUGAGUAGCUGUGAGAGGACUUUCCCACUCCUGCUGGUGACGGGUGCAGUGCCGCAGGUGUGCAAUCUGCUGCAGCACUUCUCCCACGACGCAGAUGUGACCGCUAAUGUGGUUAGAAUUCUGAGCAUAACAUCACUAUCUGUCAACAGUCCAGAAUAUGAAUUCUUCCUAUAUCACUGCCAAUCCCUUCACAGCAUCAUCUCAACCCACGAGGAAUGUUGCGCCGCCGCCGCCGCCCACCCUGGCACUCUUCCGGCGACAGUGAGUGCCCUCCGCCGCCACGCCUCCUCGCCCGCCAUCGUGGUGCGAUUAGCUUACGCCCUCGGCAACAUGAUGGCCAAUUCAGACGAUGCGCGCUGGCAGUUGUUCAGCGAAGACGGCUUCACGGAGACUCUACUAGAAUUGCUGACCGAGUACCUACGAAGGGACCGCCACCACCAGGCCGAGGAAAUGGCUGACCCGCUCACUCCUGCCAGCGGCGCUCCGGAAGACGUCAUGGUCAAGUUGAUCCGUGUCCUGGCCAAUGUUUCCGUCCACGCCCGAGUUGGCCCCGUGUUGGCCAGGUCAAGGACUUGCCUCUCUCUGCUCAUCUCCGUCUUGAGACACAAAGCCGUGGACGAGAGCGAGGAGCUGGUACUGUCUGCCUUGGCCACCUUGAACAACCUGACUUUCUACACUAGGGACCAGCCUGUUUCCGCUCUUCAUACACAACUAGCUGAGUGCCUGUGCGACAUGUUACCAAUGGAUCACGUCGAAGGUCUUGUGGAAACUAUUAGAGUGUUUGGCAAUCUGACCCAUUUCAGAGAGAUAAGGGACAUCGUUACUAAGAGGGCUGACCCGGCGAUGAAAGGAAGCCGCUUCUCGGGCUGUCAUGUGCUGGAGAUCCUUAUUGAGAUGUUGGACUGUGAUUCACGAGAACUGGUAUAUGUCUGUGCUGGUGUGCUAGUCAAUCUAAUGUCGGACGCAUCCAGACGAUCCAUCUUCCAAGAGGAAAAUGGAGUAUUAAGGAUGAUAGAUGUACUGCAGUACUUUGGAUAUGGAGACUGGCAGCUAUGUAGUCUUGCCUGCCAAGUCCUUUGGAACUUCUGUGCCUCUGCUGCUGAUGUUCAGUCAACACUUGGUGAUAAAGAAACAGAAAAGCUGGUUUUUGUUCUAGAAGAAUUUUUGGAUGAUGAUUCCUACUUCAACAAUCCCGAGGUGUUUGGUGAAUGUGACCCUGAGACAAAGGACGUUGUAUAUCAACUGUGGGAAGAUUUUGCACAAGUCGCAACAAAGCUCCUUGAUCGAAUUGAGGAGAACACUUCUUCAUUACCCAUAGUUUCACCCACUUAGCAUGUAAACUAAAGUGUAUUGCAUUAUCAACUUAUAAAAUGUGUGGUUAAUGUU